UGUGUGAUAAGUCCCUGUAGUGUUUGGUGCAGUGUGUGCAUGCAUCCAAGUGGGUUAUUAUCAUUUACUUUAUUUCCCAUGCUGCCUGACAGUAGGGAUGCAAGACUGGCUCAUAUAGAAACCAACACAUGAAUUUGAGCCUUGUAGUUAAUGUCUCUUGUAUCCAUUUUUAUUUUUAAAUUAAGACUGAGCGCAUGUUUUGAGCGUCACUUGGUUCUGAGUUGUCUGUAAGCGUGGGAAAUUGGCCUGUAGUUUUGGAAUUAAAACUAGACGAGAGGAAAGUCUUUGAAUGAUCGUGUUUACACCCGCAGUUUGGCAGAGCGGUUUGUGAUCUGCCUAACUGGCGCGUCUGGCUUUCGGGACGCUGUAUCCUGCCUACUCCUCCUACAAGGCCGUGAAGACGAAGAAUGUGAAGGAAUACGUUAAGUGGAUGAUGUACUGGAUAGUUUUUGCCUUCUUCACCACAGCAGAGACGCUCACAGACAUCAUCCUGUACUGGUUCCCGUUCUACUUCGAGCUGAAGAUUGCCUUUGUCAUCUGGCUGCUGUCUCCCUACACCAAGGGCUCCAGCCUCCUCUACCGCAAGUUUGUCCACCCGACGCUGUCCAAUAGGGAGCAGGAGAUCGAUGAGUACAUCACUCAGGCGAAGGACCGCAGCUAUGAGACCAUGAUGCGUUAUGGGAAGAGGGGUCUGAACCUGGCCGCCACCGCCGCCGUUACCGCCGCCAGCAAGGGACAGGGCGUCCUGUCGGACAAGCUGCGCAGCUUCAGCAUGCAGGACCUGACGCUGAUCCACGAUGAGGAAGAGGAGGAGCUGCAGCUGCACGCCGCAGGCGCCCGACUGCGCAGCUCCGCAGCCGGGCUGCAGGACAUAGCCGAGGACGCGGGACAAGGGGGGGGACCUGCACCCCGAACCAGGAGCACCUCCCGCCCAGCACGCACGACGCCCACCGCUGCCGCUUCCGACGAAUCGCAGCACAGCUCCAAGUCUGACGCCGACCAAUCAGAGGCCAGGACAGAGCAGUCUGACGAGGACACUGCAGAGAGGCCCCCCAAACGCACAGCGAGCGUCAGAGCCAAGAAGCCUGCUGCUGCCAAAUCAGAGACUCAAAGCAAGACCGUAAAGAAACCACCAAAGAAGAAGACCACCACUGCAGCUGGCACUCCAACAGAGUCCGCCUGAGCUGGGCCUCCUCCACCCCUACGCUAGCACGCUGUCUGCCUGUCUGUCUGAGCUCUGUCUCUCUCGCUCUCACACACACACGUGCACAUACACACACACGCACAAACCCUUACUGGUUUAAUUCUGAUAAUGGAGGUUCAUCUUCAGUAUGCCCCCCUAUAGUCCCGUAAUGGUGGAGAGGUACUACCCGGCAAGAUUUUUCUUCGUGUCUACAUAUACAUGCGUGCGUGCAUGCAUGUGAGUGUGUGUGUGUGUGUGUGUGUGUGUAAAAGAGAGAUGGACGACACAACUCUACCCCACUUUGAAGGUUUAUCCUGAUCGUCCUGAUACCCCCACACUGUGUGUGUGCGGGGUGUGUUUCUCCCUGCAGCAUUCCCCAUAGUCAUUAUUACCAGGCCAGCACGCCCCGGUGUACCCUGGUCCAGUGUGUGGAGUGCAGUCCUGCUGUGUGUGAAGCUGACGCUUUUUGCAUUAUAUCACUUUCCAAAUUAGGCCAGCAUAGUUUUAAAGGGGAGAGGGACUUUGGAGGGGGGGGGGCAAGGACCAUUAUCUUUGGAGCAAAAUAGGACAGAUACCAUGGGACCAGGACUAAAGGAGAGGGGACUAAGGGAGGGAGGGAGAGAUGGAUGGAUCUUGGGAGAGACUGCAUUCAUAGAAGAAUGACCAGAAUGACAGCUUGUAUGUGUUCUGUAAGUCUGCACGCGCUCAGUAACGCACGCUGGCAUACUGGAGUGCGCAGGACGGAACGCUCACGUGGUGUUACCGUGGAGACCUGGAAGUUAUUUACUCGGUUGUCAGGGAGUUUUGUCUCUCUCCCACCUCCAGUCCAGUGAGCCUCGGUUGGCACGGUCACGUGUUGCCAGGGCGAUGAAGGGCGCUGUUUGUUCUACCAUAUGUUCAGAACGACGCAAAAGGUUUCGAAGUAUAACUUUCGCCAGCAGGCUUGUGCCGGCCGAACUACAACCAAUCAUGAGAUGAAGCCAGAGGUGUUUUUCUCUCUCUCUCUCCGUCUUUUUCUCCCUCCUUCUCUUCCUCUUGCUGUGUGCUUUUGUUUCUAGAAUGUCUAAAUAUGUUCCCAUAUCUGCACAUGUAAAAAGUAGGCACCGUUUUAAAAACAUAAACAAAAGUAUGUAUCUACUGUAUAGCACUAGCUGAUACAUGCUUCUCUUGUGUGGAUUCUGUGUUUGUGCGUUUAUAUAGUACCAUCUGUAUACGGAAGGUUCCUACGUUUGGAAAUGUAGGGAAAAGUGCUUUGAAAGCAUGGGACUGUUAUGGGAGCUCAGCGUAAGCACAGUAUGUGUGUGGGGGUUACGGCAGGUUGACAUGGCGACCGUUUCCUGGGUACCUGCAGCCAGGAGGCAAUGGCCUACAGGUGGUCUACUGUGUGGAGUGGGAUGUGUCUGGGGGUCACUGGCCUACAGGUGGUCCGUGACGAACGGACUGGUCAGAACUGCACACUAACCAUGGACGGUAAACGAGUACAGACUGUAGACUGACCAUAAACAGGCCUGUAAAAAAAAAAAAAAAAAAAAAAAAAAA